CAAACUUUUGAUAGUUCAGAUGAAGAAAUGAAUAGCGAAGAAGAAGAUAUGAAAAGAUCAGAACAUGUUCUGGAUGCUGAGGAUGAUAUUGAUUUUGUACAGCCUACUCCGCCACGUCCAACACCAAGAGAGAAUCGAAAAAAGGAGAAACAAACAACCACAUCCACAUUUAUAGAUGAUGAUGGUUUUGUCCAUACAACUAAAGAAGUAAAAAUUGUGGAAACUGAAUGUGAAUCACUUUUGGAAUCUACUGGAAAUGACAAUAUUUCUGAAUCGAAAGAAUUAAACAUUGAACCAGUCAUAAAAAAAAUUAAGAUUUCAGAAACAGAUUCUGCAGAUAAGAAAAAAAACAAAAAUAAAAAAUCUAAAAGUAGUUCUAGCCAAGGCAUGAAACAAUCUUCAUUAACUAGUUUUUUUAAAACAAAAUAAGUAAUGUAUUACUAAAAAAUGUUUAAGAAAUACACAAAUAUUAACAUAUAAA